AUGUUAAAUGGGUCUUUACAUGGUUUUUUUAAUGCUAAUGGGGGAUUGAGGCAGGGAGAUCUGAUGUCUCCUUUAUUGUUUGUCUUGACCAUGGAGUACUUGUCCCGAAUAUUGAAGAAGAUUGCUAGGGAUAAAGACUUUCAGUUUCAUGAGAGAUGUGCUGAUCUUCAACUCACUCAUCUGUUUUUUGCAGAUGAUGUGGUGUUAUUUUCGCAUGGGGAUUUUAAAUCAGUGUACAGAUUAUUGCAAGGUUUUGAAUUGUUCUCUCAAACCUCUGGUUUACAAGAAAAUUUUAGUAAAUCUGAGUUCAUUAGUAGUGGCAUAUCUGAUGAGGAGAUCCAAAGAAUACUCAUGGUGUCCAAGUUGAAGAGAGGUAAGCUACCUUUUUGUUAUCUUGGUAUACCAAUUAAUGCGAACAGAAUCUCCACUUGUGAUUGUGAAAGUAUAGUUGAUAAAAUGGUGGCUAGAAUUAGGCAGUGGAAUUGGAAUUCUUUAUCCUUUGCUGGGAGACUUACUCUUAUAAACUCAGUAUUGGUUUCUUUGCACUCUUACUGGUCUCAAAUUGUGGUGCUGCCGAAGAGAAUGUUCAGCAGAAUUAAUGAGAUAUGUAGAGCUUUUUUAUGGAAGGGAGUGACUAAUUAUGGAGGUAUGGGUAGUGUAGCGUGGGAUGAUGUGUGUAAAAGAAAAAAAGCAGGAGGGCUAGGUGUCAGAAACAUUGAAAUUUGGAAUAUUGCAGCUUUGGGUAAAUUUGUUUGGGCUAUUGCCACAAAUAAGGAAAGCUUGUGGAUUAAAUGGAUUCAUUCGGUCUACCUUAGAGGAGAGAAUUGGUGGGAGUAUGAGGCUCCUGUAAACUCCAGCUGGUAUUGGAAGCAAUUGCUCUCGGUUAAAAACAAAUUAAAGAAUUAUUACUCGUGUCAUACCUUUAUCUCUAUGUGUUAUCGUAUUCAUGAAGUGUAUGGGAAACUAUUGGACUUGUCUGAGAAUGGGAUGUUUUGGACAAGAUUUAUUUGGAAUGCUUACGUUGUGCCUAAGCAUGCUUUCAUUACUUGGUUAGCUAAGCUGAAUAGGUUGAAAACCAGAGAUAGAUUACACCACAUGGGAAUAGUGACUUCAGAUGCUUGUCUGAUAUGUGAUGAUGCUACAGAAGAUAAUUUUCACCAGUUUUUCUCUUGUUGCUACAGCAUGAAAUGUAUCAUAGAGGUGACACUUUGA